AUGGACAUGCUCACGUUAGUGCGCGAAAGCAGAGAAAUGCUUGAAGAUACAUUGAAACAAGCCAACAUAUUCAUAUUAUUGCUUUGUACAGUAGUUAGUACAUUUUAUAUUUUCAAACUGUAUUCAUUACAUUCUGAUGAUAUUGGUAUCAGACGUCGAUUUGCUAACAAAUUCUUCAGACUAGUACGAAAAAUUCCUUAUGUAUCCAAAGAAAUUUAUAAAACGAAAUCGAUGGUCUACAAAUCAAUUCAUGAAGAUUUGAAUGCAGCUCAGCCAACCUCUGCUUACAUCACAGCUAUUCCUGCUAAAGGAGAAUCAUUCGACAGCUUGAUGGGAUAUCUCGACUCAUAUGAGAACAUGAAGAGCGAUAAAGAAGAUGUAGCUUGUUAUAAAAGAGGAAGACAAUCUGGAGCUGUGUUCUGCUACCAAUCUGACCCCGAAGAGCUUAAUAUCUAUCUUGAUAUUUUCAAGAAGUUUGCUUAUUCUAACCCACUUUGGCCUAAAUGUUAUCCCGGAAUACGCAGAAUGGAGUCAGAAGUCAUAAGAAUGUCAUGCACCAUGCUCCACGGAGAUUCUAAUUCAUGCGGAACAAUAACUACUGGAGGUACAAUGUCCAUUCUCUUAGCGUGUCUGUCUCACAGAAACAAGGCUAUGAAAGAAGGAAUCCUUUUCCCCGAAAUGAUUAUCCCAACCUCAGCUCAUGCUGCUUUUACUAAAGCAGCUGAAGUCUUCAGAAUCAAAGUCAAAAAAAUUCAAUUGGAUUCCGAAUUCAAAGUUGAUUUGAAGAAAAUGGAAUCAGCUAUCAAUAAGAACACUUGCAUGCUCGUCGGUUCUGCUCCUAACUUCCCAUUCGGAACUGUAGACGAUAUUGAAGAGAUUGCCAAGCUUGGAUUGAGAUAUGACAUUCCUGUGCAUGUUGAUGCAUGUCUGGGAGGUUUCCUCAUCCCGUUCUUAGAUGAUAUGGACAAACCCAAGUUUGAUUUCUUGAUUCCUGGUGUCAGUUCUAUUUCCGCUGAUACUCAUAAGUAUGGCUUAGCUCCUAAAGGAUCUUCUGUUGUGCUUUUCCGUAACAGAGACUUGUUGCACAACCAAUACUUCUGUGAUACCGACUGGCAGGGAGGUAUUUACGCUUCGGCAACCCUUGAAGGAAGCAGAUCUGGUCUGAACAUUGCUUUGUGUUGGGCAGCUCUUCUCUUCCAAGGAAGAGAGACUUAUCAGAAAAACGCAGAAGAUAUAAGAAGAUGCACAAGACAAUUACGUGAUGGAAUCAAACAAAUUGAUGGAUUAAGAGUCAUGGGAGCAUCUGACGUUUGUAUUGCCAGUUUCACGAGUGAUCUGAUUGAUAUUAACCUCGUGCACAGCGAGUUAACAAAGAAGGAAUGGCAUUUGACAGCUUUACAGUUCCCAUCAGGUAUCCAUUUGAUGCUCACGAAGCUACACACUCAACCAGGAGUAAUCGAAGAACUUCUGAAAGAUUUGAGAUUGGUUGUUGAAGCUGUUAAGAGCUGUCCGAAUCAGAAGUUAGAGGGAACGGCUGCAAUUUACGGAAUGGCUCAGAGAAUUCCCGAUCGUAGCCUCGUUCAAGAGGUUUCUCAUUGUUACUUGGAUGCCGUAUUUGCAGCUCCUUAA